AUGAGCUCCACGCACGAGGGGAGUGAUGACGGCGCCCGCGAGGAUGAGCUUGAUCUCGGCCAGGAGGAUGAGGAGCUGCCCGCCCACCGUGAACUAGCAACUAAGGAUGGGGACGACGGCCCAGUAGACUCUCAUCCUGCCGAGGACAUAGAGUCGCCCCCUAAGGACCGUGACUUUCAAGAUGAUUCCGUCCACGAAUCCUCAUCCCAGCUUCUCCCGCCUGUUCCCAAGGCCGCGGACGAAGUCUCGUCAAUCCCAGACGACACGCCAUCUCUGCAUGGCUCUAUGCAGUCUUCGCCAAGCAGCAGCGCCCUAGCCUUCCGAGCCUCCACCAGAUCGAGUCCUAGUCCUGCCCACCGCCCAUUCGAUCUACGCUUCCAAUCGAGACUGUCAUCCUCGUCAUUCAGCAGUCCGCGACCAUCUUCUCCAUUCCUGCUACAUACGCACUCCCGCAAUUCUUCAUUCACAAGCCAGCCUCCGCUUUCUAGUACGCCUGAUCUCGAGCCGGACGCCCCGCAAGCUCCCUGGGAGGUCGUGCGAUGGACCAAGUUGCGCAAGAUUGCAGGACAGUCAUUUUCCGAAGUAGGCAGGCGCAAUUUUGGUCGACCAACAUGCAUUUCGGUGUCGACGGCUAUUAUUUUAGGAACCUCAAAGGGCAUUGUUCUUGUUUUCGAUUAUCAGCAGAACCUGAAAACUAUAAUUGGUCCUGGGACGAAAGCCGUCGAAGCUGGCGCUGUUACAUCUUUGGCUAUAUCUGCCGAUCAUACAACUGUCGCAGUGGGACACGCGCAAGGGGAAAUCUUCACAUGGGAAAUCUCUCGGGCGGCGCGGCCCUUCCUUCAUAUUCCCCCCAUACAAGCGGCUCAACAUGCCCAGAGAAAUACUUCUGAUGGUCAUGUAGCCGGUGUGUCCGUCGUACAUGUGGGAUUUCUAGGAACCAGACGUACCGCCUUGGUCUCGGCUGAUGAUCGUGGUAUGGCGUUUUCACACCUUGCGACAAGGGGUAUGGGUGCAGUCGCCAGAAGUGUCAAGACCACCAGAGUACUAGGGCGUUAUCCAGAACCCCCAUCAGAGGAAGGCAAACCUCGCAAACCCAGUUCUGUCCUAGCCUUUUCGCCCCUACCAUUAGGCAAUGUUGACCAGCCAACCGACAGUCUUGGCCUGGUCGCAAUUCUAACACCCUACUUGCUCGUUAUCGUCUCUACCACGCCCGUAGCACAUACUCAGUUCAAAUCACCGCGGCCGAAGGAAGUGGGAUCCCACAAUGUCAUGAGCGCUGCAUUAGCCUGGUUUCCCGCAAUCAAGCUGAAAGGAAAAGAAGGAAUAUCACAGACGAAACUUGUAUACUGCUGGUCUAACGUCUUAACCGUUCUCGAUGUCUGUGUGUCCGAUGUAGAUGGCGGCUCCACCAAAGAUCGCCCACCUGUGCUCGAGUUUCGCCCUAGAAGCCGCUGGAGAGCCAACGAAGCCAUCGUGGCGGUCCAGUGGUUGAGCCGCUCUGUUCUCGCCGUGCUGACCAUUACCCAGCACUUGUUGAUAUUAGAAGACAAGACGCUCCGUGUGACCGACUCCUUUGAUCUCCUUCACAAACACAUCUAUCAUGCCGACAUCUUCUCGUCGCAUCUCCAUACGCUGGUAGAACAGUAUGACGAAGAAAACACGUCGAUGCAUGGCGUUGUCGCGGAUGCCUUUUAUCAAAGCUUGAAGGCUUAUAAAGGGCGUUUGUUCUUAUUAGGCUACAAUGAUCUGUCAGUAGGAAGCCUGUCCAACUGGGCCGACCGAUUGCUUGCAUACAUGGAGACGGGCGAUUUCGUGUCUGCGAUUCGUCUAGCGACGUCUUACUAUCAAGGAGAUGCGGAGAAACUUACUGUUGGCCUUCCCGAGGAAGACGACCUGCGACAUUCGGUCGUCGAAGAAAAGCUGCUAGAAAUGAUAACGGCUUCGUUAAAAUUUGCCUUUGGAAGGAACGAAGAUGCAGGCACCGAGCGUGUUCUAAGACCACAGUUAGAGGCUCUCGCUGACGUUAGCAUAUCUGCAUGUAUCUGCAUGGAUGACUUUGAUUACUUAUGGGACGAGGUUUACGACUGGUAUGAUGAACAUGAUUCGGAGGGCAUUUUUUUGGAUGUCCUCGAGCCCUUUAUAAGGGAUGAUAAAAUCAGAUCUCUACCCCCAUCAACGCUUAAAGCCCUAGUCAACCACUACUCAUCUACCUAUACGUCAACCCGCCUCGAGGAGGUGAUUUGUCUGCUUGAUCCUACUACAAUGGAUAUUGAGCAGGUGACCACGCUUUGCAAACAGCAUAACCUGUAUGAUGCGUUUAUCUAUGUUUGGAACCGCGUUGUGGAAGACUAUGUUGGCCCAUUGGAGGAGCUCUUGAGCUUUGCGACUCGUAUGAUGGCCGCUACUGCAAACGACAACAGCUCGGAUAUCAAGUCAAGUGACUACGAGAAUGCCAUGAAAAUCUUCCCGUAUCUCUCGUUUAUUCUCACCGGGCGCACCUAUCCUACGGGGGAAGAGAUGCUUGAAGAACAAGCAACGAAAGCCAAGCAGGCCCUCUAUACAUAUAUAUUCACAGGAAAUAACAACCAGAAACCGUUCAGUGCGCUUCGAACCAUCCUCAAAUUUGAUUCCUCCAGCUUCAUGAGCAUGUUGAACGAAGCCUUUGAGGACAGCUUCCUGAAUGACUCGGCCGAUCCGGCUAACGGUGAGCCCGAGCUGAGGUCAAAUUCUCCGGCAUUGACUAUUAACCGCCAAUACAUCGUCAGCAUUCUAUUGGAUGUCAUGAAUAACAACGCCGAAUUCGGUCCCCUUGAAACCAUCUUCCUGGACAUAUUCAUCGCGCGGAACCUCCCAAAGUAUCCACAGUAUAUUCUACUCUCGGGCUCCACAUUGUAUCAGAUUCUUGAGCGCUUGUGUCGAUGGCCGACCCAGGAUAUUGCAGAAGACUGCGAAUUAAGCGUGGAGUAUUUGCUGUCUACAUACCACCCGCCUGAUCUCCAGAGCCUUAUACCUCUUUUCAAAUCAGCGAGAUAUUUCCGAGUCCUGAAGUCUACGUAUCGGGCAGAGAAACAAUAUGCCGAGCUCAUUCUCACUUAUCUCGAGGAUACUAGUGAACGCGAGCAGGUAUUUACAUGUAUCUAUGAAUGCCUGCGACCGGGAAGUGGAUUGAGUAGUAAGCAGCAAGACGACGUCUUGCGGGCUAUCAAGAGCCGGGCCGGCGAGUUGGUACAAAUCAACGUCUCAAAAACAGCGCAAACAGUGCAGGAACUCGCGCCUUCAUUGCAUGCAACUUUCUUAAAAUCAUUGGACGACGAUGACUACAAAAAGUUCCAUUACUUGACGACAUUGCUGGAGCCACAGAAUGUCGAUGCUGAUGCGAAAAUUGCGCCUGCAAAUCUAGAGAGUUCAAUGGUCGAACUUUAUGUGCAAUUACUAUGUCGAUACAAUCGAUCUCAUGUAGCGGAUUAUGUCGAUAGCUUACGUGUCAACGAACUGCGACUUGAUGAAGUUCUCCCAGCCAUGGAAGGCAGUGGCGUGGUGGAUGCAGCCGUGGUAUUGCUAGCACGACAAGGACAAGUGCGCAAAGCCAUGGACCGCCUGCUGGCAUAUCUAGGCACUCUCCAGUCCGGCCUUACAGGGAUUCUGACUAAUGCAGAAGACACCCCUGAUCUAGCUGGUACUGCUGAGGCUGUUAGCGAUCUGCUUGAGAGCGUGGAGAAGUAUUCCGGGGUUGGAAUAUGGCUGUGUCAAGGACAAACGAAAAACGCCAAAAUGGUUCGGAAUGGCAACAACGUGCGCAGCACUAAACGUGCUUCGGCCAUUGCUCUACAGGAGCCGCUGACAUUCGAAGAGAAUCUCUGGCUGGACCUAAUCGAUACGAUUGUACAGAUGGCGCGCAAUAUUUCGUCCCUUCUACUGCAAAAGACUGACCUGUCGGCAAAGUUGAGACCAUUGCUACUGGUGUCUGGUGGCGAAGGCAUGGAGCUGAUCUCGUCGUUUCGCCAGUUGGUACAGAGAGUUUUUACGGCUCUCUUGACCAGCACGACGACCGGUGGACCAGUCCCGGCGGAACGCACGGGGGUGUCCUUUUUGCGCGUCCUCCGUGCUUUCCUUGCGCGGGCGGCGACUUCUUCUCCCUCGUUGUCGGAAUUACGCGCAGUUCUUGCAUCCGUCUUUUCUGCAUAUACAUACGAAGAAUCACUGUUAUCGCUGGCCAAUGGCAUGUUAGACAAGGACCUCUUUGUGCACGUGAACGAGGUGACGAAACUACGGCAACACGGGUGGCGGCCAAGAGGCCAGGUGUGCGAGAUCUGUCGUCGUCGCAUUUGGGGGCCAGGUGCUGGCGCUGCAUUGUGGACAGCUUGGGAGAGAAAGCAGAUUAGCGACGCCCAGCAACGAAACGAACGCCAAUCUGACGACAGGAAUGCGCUUGCGAAGGACAAGGGCAAGGGCAAGGGAAAGGGGCCGAGCAGCGUAGAAGAUGAGGGCCACUUGACCAGCAGCAGCAGCAACAACAACAACAACACAGAUGCAUCCGCCGAUGGGCCUGGUUCAGGCGCAGUAGUGAUAUUUGCGUGUCGACACCUUUACCAUCGCAGCUGUUUGCUGAACGAGCAGGAGAAACAUAAUGCCGAGAGAGGAGGCAAGCCAGAAGACCAAGAGUUGUAUCCGCGAUCCUUUCGGCUUGGGCACGAUGCGCUUACAUGUACGCGUUGUCUAUGA